GAGAGGAGGAUGGGGCGCCGUGGAGGAGGGACAGAUGGGGCAGGGACGGGAGAGACAAUGGACAAGAAAGAUGACAAGGGCUCGCCCAAGAAGGGGAAGGAGCGCCGGGAUAUGGACGACCUCAAGAAGGAAGUGGCCAUGACGGAGCACAAGAUGUCCGUGGAGGAAGUCUGCCGGAAGUACAACACGGACUGCGUGCAGGGUCUGACCCACAGCAAAGCCCAGGAGAUCCUGGCCCGAGAUGGGCCCAAUGCACUCACGCCGCCGCCCACCACCCCCGAGUGGGUCAAGUUCUGCCGCCAGCUCUUCGGGGGCUUCUCCAUCCUGCUGUGGAUCGGGGCCAUCCUCUGCUUCCUGGCGUACGGCAUCCAGGCUGGCACAGAAGACGACCCAGCUGGUGACAAUCUGUACCUGGGUAUCGUGCUGGCGGCCGUGGUCAUCAUCACUGGCUGCUUCUCCUACUACCAGGAGGCCAAGAGCUCCAAGAUCAUGGAGUCCUUCAAGAACAUGGUGCCCCAGCAAGCCCUGGUGAUCCGAGAAGGUGAGAAGAUGCAGGUGAACGCCGAGGAGGUGGUGGUGGGAGACCUGGUGGAGAUCAAGGGCGGGGACCGAGUGCCCGCUGACCUGCGCAUCAUCUCUGCCCACGGCUGCAAGCCAGGCCACCCAGGACUCCCUUUGGCUUCUUUGUCCCGGCCUGCCCCCUCGGCCCAGCCUGUGACUCACCUGUCCUUCCUCCGCCUCCAGGUGUGUCUGACACUGACCGCCAAGCGCAUGGCUCGGAAGAACUGCCUAGUGAAGAACCUGGAGGCCGUCGAGACCCUGGGUUCCACGUCCACCAUCUGCUCGGACAAGACGGGGACCCUCACCCAGAACCGCAUGACGGUCGCCCACAUGUGGUUCGACAAUCAGAUCCACGAGGCCGACACCACUGAGGACCAGUCAGGGACCUCAUUCGACAAGAGCUCGCACACCUGGGUGGCGCUGUCCCACAUUGCCGGUCUCUGCAACCGCGCCGUCUUCAAGGGCGGCCAGGACAACAUCCCUGUGCUGAAGAGGGACGUGGCCGGGGACGCGUCUGAGUCAGCCCUCCUCAAAUGCAUCGAACUCUCCUCGGGCUCCGUGAAGCUGAUGCGGGAACGGAAUAAGAAAGUGGCAGAAAUCCCCUUCAACUCCACCAACAAAUACCAGCUGUCCAUCCACGAGACCGAGGACCCCAACGACAACCGGUACCUGCUGGUGAUGAAGGGCGCGCCCGAGCGCAUCCUGGACCGCUGCGCCACCAUCCUGCUGCAGGGCAAGGAGCAGCCUCUGGACGAGGAGAUGAAGGAGGCUUUCCAGAACGCCUACUUGGAGCUCGGCGGCCUGGGCGAGCGCGUGCUCGGCUUCUGCCAUUUCUACCUGCCGGAGGAGCAGUUCCCCAAGGGCUUUGCCUUCGACUGUGACGACGUGAACUUCACCACAGACAACCUCUGCUUUGUGGGCCUCAUGUCCAUGAUCGACCCUCCCCGGGCCGCCGUGCCCGAUGCGGUGGGCAAGUGCCGCAGCGCGGGCAUCAAGGUCAUCAUGGUCACGGGUGAUCACCCCAUCACAGCCAAGGCCAUCGCCAAGGGCGUGGGCAUCAUCUCAGAGGGCAACGAGACAGUCGAGGACAUUGCUGCCAGGCUCAACAUUCCCGUCAGCCAGGUCAACCCCCGGGAUGCCAAGGCCUGUGUGAUCCACGGCACGGACCUCAAGGACUUCAGCUCCGAGCAAAUCGAUGAGAUCCUGCAGAACCACACGGAGAUCGUGUUCGCCCGCACAUCCCCCCAGCAGAAGCUCAUCAUUGUGGAGGGCUGUCAGAGACAGGGAGCGAUCGUGGCGGUGACUGGCGACGGCGUGAACGACUCCCCUGCUCUGAAGAAGGCCGACAUUGGCGUGGCCAUGGGCAUCGCCGGCUCAGACGUAUCCAAGCAGGCAGCUGACAUGAUCCUGCUGGAUGACAAUUUCGCCUCCAUCGUCACCGGGGUGGAAGAGGGUGAGUCGGCGGCACGGCGUGGCCCGGGGAGACGGUCGCCACGUGGGGCCUGGGAGAGCCAGGGCAGCAGGCAGGUCAGUGUCUCAGAUAAGAGGACCAAGGUGGCCCACCUGUCCAGCUCCCCUGUGGCAGACUCCAGAGACCUCCGAUGUGACUGGGCAGGCCACCUCCUCCCUCUUCGGCCUCCUCCUCCGACAGCCUCUGCUUGUCUGCCUUCUCUCCCCGCCCUCCCGGCCCCCUCAGGAAUGAUCCAGGCUCUCGGCGGCUUCUUCUCCUACUUUGUGAUCCUGGCAGAAAACGGCUUCUUGCCCAGCAACCUGGUGGGCAUCCGGCUGAAUUGGGAUGACCGCACCGUCAAUGACCUGGAGGACAGCUAUGGGCAGCAGUGGACGUACGAGCAGCGGAAAGUGGUGGAGUUCACGUGCCACACGGCCUUCUUCGUGAGCAUCGUGGUGGUGCAGUGGGCCGACCUCAUCAUCUGCAAGACCCGCAGGAACUCCGUCUUCCAGCAGGGCAUGAAGAACAAGAUCCUGAUCUUCGGGCUGUUUGAGGAGACGGCUCUCGCGGCCUUCCUGUCCUACUGUCCCGGCAUGGAUGUGGCUCUCCGCAUGUACCCUCUCAAGCCCAGCUGGUGGUUCUGUGCCUUCCCCUACAGCUUCCUCAUCUUUGUCUACGAUGAGAUCCGCAAGCUCAUCCUGCGCAGGAACCCCGGGGGCUGGGUGGAGAAAGAGACCUACUACUGACCUCAUCCCUGCCACAUCGCCGUCUCUUCCUGCACCACCCCCCUGCCCAGGACAGCCCCUUCCAGUGCCCCCCAUUUUGUAUUCUGGAGGAGGGGCCCUCUCUCCCAGGGCCCCACCUUGGACCCCACCCCUCAAGUGAUCUCCUGCCUCUACCCCUGCCUCCCUCUGGCUGGCUUCUCUCCCCGGCCCCUGCCUCCCCUCUCUCUCCCUCUCUCUUCCCUGUGUGUCAGUUUCUCUCUGCUCCUGGUCCUCCUGCCCCCGCCCUUGCCCCUCCAUCCCUGGCCCCCCUCCCCCCUGCUCCCUCCCAGAGCUCUUUUUUACUCCCCUGGCCCCUUGGCCGAUGCCGUCUCUGAUUCUGGACAAUUAUCCAAUACAUCCGUGGGCAGAACCAA